GAUAGUGAUAUUUCAACUGCAUCAGAAAAUGAAUCCAACGAAAAUAUUUUAGAACAAAGAAUACAACUUGUGCAUCCUGAUAAUGAUCAGAAUAAAAACCUAAAUUCAGAGGAGGAGGACUGGGAGAAUAACAAUCUUGACUUAACAAUUCGUGAAAAGAUAAUCAAAGGCUGCUCCUGCAGAAUGGAUUGCAUAUCAAAUAUUAGUUUUGAAGAAAUCAGUCACCAUAUUUAUUCCAUGAGAGAACUUUCCAAGGAAGAGAAGGAUAUGUACAUUAUGGGAAAGCUAAAAAGUAAAAGUUCUGGUGGCGGAUCUUCAAGACGCGAUGCCAAACGACAGAGAUACGAAUACAAUUUUGAUGACCGGGAAGUAUGUAAAGAUGUGUUUUUAUUUUUACAUGACAUUGGUGAAAAACAUUUUAAAAAUCUUGUGAAGCAUAUGAAGACCCAUGGAAUAAAACCACGGACACAUGGAAACAUCGGGAAAAAACCACACAAUGCCUGUCCUUUGAAGAAAUUAAAUUUGUCGUGCAGUUUAUCAAUCGAUAUUCUGAAGAUAAUGGACUUCCUAUGCCAGCUGGUCGCGACUCCGAACCACCCAUUUUUCUACCUUGUUCAACACCAAAGAACGAAAUUCAUCAGUUAUAUUUUGAAGCUUGUCAUGAGGUCCAAAUUCGUGCUGUUAAAUUGUCCUCAUUCUAUUCCAUCUGGUCUGCCUGCCUUCCUAACAUUCAGAUUGCCAACCCCAGAUCUGAUGUAUGCAAUACCUGUGAGCGCCACAGAGAGCACAUUUUGAAUGCAAGAUCUGAAAAUGAAAAGCUUACAGCAACAAGAAAUUUUACAGAUCACAUUGAAAAAGCAGAGAGGGAGCAUCACCUCUACAUUCAGUGCAUUAAAGAAGCCAGGGAAGAACAUCAGUCUAUUCAGCUUCCUGAGCCACCUGUUAGACCCUGUUCCACAGAUUUCCUCAAAACUCACUACACUUUUGACUUCGCGCAAUGUGUGUCUGUACCUCAUCAUUCCAGACAAGUAGGGCCAUUAUUCUUUGAGACACCACGGAAAAUUCAGAUCUUUGGAAUUUGUAUGGAGGGAGCAGGAUCUCAGCGAAAUUAUUUGAUUGAUGAAGACCAGACCAUUGGAAGAGAUGGAAAGAAUGCCCAUGGGCCAAAUACAGUCAUCAGCAUACUUCAUCACCAUUUUCAAAAUUAUAGCAUGGGAGAGAAAUGUGCUGUUCUUCACUGUGAUAACUGUCCAGGUCAAAACAAAAACCGGUAUGUGAUUGGAUAUUUGCUAUGGUGAGUCAUGAUUGGGCUACAUCGAGCAAUUGAACUUCACAUGCAGAUACCAGGGCAUACAAAAUGUCAAGUGGAUGCAGGCUUUGCUCAGAUCAAAAAGAAGUACAGGAGAUCAGAUUGUGACACUCUACAGCAUGUUGCUGACGUAGUCUCCAAGUCCUCCAAAAGUAACGAGGCUGUGAUAAAAGAGGAUGGAAAUGUGAAAUACUAUGAAUGGAAAGAGUAUAUAAAAACAACUUUUCAGCCUUUGAAAGGGAUACGCAAGUUUCAUCACUUCACUUUUUCAGCACUGCUGCCUGGAGUUGUAUUAUGCAGCGUUGAUGUAGAUGGCGACAAGGUCCCAGUAAUCCUCAGUAAUCACGACCAAAUCAGUGUAAAUCUACCACCAGAAAUAAUGCCGGGCGGACUCAGUAGAGAACGACAGGAAUAUUUAUACAAACAUAUCAGACCUCAUGUCCGGGAAUGUUUCAGGGACACAACAUGUCCAGAAUGUCAUGAAGAAUAAGUGAAAGUUUCAAUUGUUUCCGACAAUGAUUAACGUCAUUUCAACGUCAUUUUUUGUAACGUCAUUGAAAUAUCAUCUUAACCUUUGACAGCCUAUAUCUCAGUAAAUAUGCUGAAUAUUUGACCCAAACUUCACAUGUGUCUUUUUAAUGUUGUUUUCUAUCAUAUUCCAUUAAAAAGUUAAUUUUGAUAAUUUUUACCAUAAGGGCCCUUUUUGCAUGGGACGGCUCAUAUAUAU